UCAAGGCCAGCCUGGUCUACAGAGCAAGUUGAGGACAGCCAGGGCUACAAAGAGUAACCCUGUUUCAAAAAACAAAUAAGCAAACAAACAAACGAAGAAAUAACGUUCAAAUGCUGGUCUUCAUUCACCCUUGACAAGCAGGUUAACUGAGCUACCUGCCCAGCCCCUGAGCUGAGUACCUAAGCUGAUUCCUUACACUAGCUGGCCAGGGAAGGCUGUAGUAGUCUAUGUUUUUUCUGAAGAGCUCUCUGGAAAGGACUAUUUUCAUCUAAGUGAGCUGCACAAUGGGAUGGGGAAGCAUGUUAGUGAUUUUGCUGGGGGUCUUUGUGGGAAUCAGGAUAACCAGAUGAUGAUGCAUCAGCAGGCAUUGUGUGACCUCUGGUCCCCUGCACUGCAGGAGGUGGAUGAGGGAUCAGAAAGGGAUGUGGGUUUCCUGAGUCAGCCAGGGGAUCUGGAGACAAGAGAACCCAAAGCAGAGUCUAAGGCCAGGAAGGCCUGCUCUCAGUCAGAAGGCCAAUGACGCAGGCUGGACCUGGAAUGUCUGUGGCUUCAGUAUGGGGAGGUGGUGGUGAGUCACCGCUUGGGGCUGGAAGAGCCAGCAAACACCCUGGGCGAAAACUCUGCUGUUGUUGAGACAAUGUUUGACGCUGUAGCCCAGGCUAGCCUGGAACUCACUUUAUGUCUAAGCUAUCCUCAAACUUGGAAUUCUCCUGCCUCAGCCUUCCAAGUGCAAGCACUACAGACAGGACUCACCACACCAGCUUUUCUCUGCCUCAUCUUGAAGUGCUGAUUCUUCAGGCGGGGUUCCCUCUCGUGACAUAUCUUCCAUCUUCUCUCUGCUUGGGCUCGGACACACAACCAAGGAAGAUGGUGGCUAUGAAGACCUGCUCUCUCCUGAUGUUGCUGCUCUUCCUGGGGGCCGCGCUGGGAGAAGAAGAAGUUCAAUUCAGAUCCCAAGCUAAAUCUGGUAGCCUCCGGCCUCGAGGCCCAAGGUAUGCAGAGGGGACUUUAAUCAGCGAUUACAGCAUCCUCAUGGACAAGAUCCGCCAACACGAGUUUGUGAACUGGCUGCUGGCCCAGAAGGGGAAGAAGGUCGACUGGAAACACAACAUCACCCAGAGAGAGGCCCAGGCCUUGGAGCAGGCAGGACAAUCUGAGAGAAAUGAGGAGACAGAGGGACAAGAGAGAUCCCAAGCUAAAUCUGGUAGCCUCCGGCCUCGAGGCCCAAGGUAUGCAGAGGGGACUUUAAUCAGCGAUUACAGCAUCCUCAUGGACAAGAUCCGCCAACACGAGUUUGUGAACUGGCUGCUGGCCCAGAAGGGGAAGAAGGUCGAGUAAGUAACUCUCUGCACC